UGGUUGAUCGGCUUUUCCUGUGACACAUCCGGUUCGCCCUUUUCAGGAGCAUUUUGCUUAUGGUCUUGCUUUUCUUCUCCCGAGGCUACAAAAACGACUCAGCCUCGCACGGAACGACGGAACCAGAACAGUCUUUCAGACACAUGAAAAGAUCCAUUAUGAAUUUCUUACUGGAAACAAUCCAAGUCUUCCUGCUGUCCAUCUGGUACAAUGUGGAAUCUUUCAUCCACCUCUUUGUACCCAAGAAGAAGAAGAACAUUGCUGGUGAGGUGGUGCUGAUAACGGGGGCAGGUAGCGGGAUUGGUCGCCUUAUGGCUCAGGAGUUUGCAGCUCUUGACACUGUGCUGGUACUGUGGGAUAUUAACCAGGAGGGCUUGAAGGAAACAACUAGACUGGCCAAACAAGGCGGGGCUAGCAGAGUCCACUACUAUCUGUGUGACUGCAGCGACAAGAGCGAAGUUUACAGAGUCGCUGACCAGGUGAAGCGAGAGGUGGGUGAUGUCAGCAUUCUGGUAAACAACGCUGGGAUCGUGACUGGAAAGAAAUUCAUGGAUGCUCCGGAUUCCCUGAUUGAGAAGACAGUGGAGGUCAACACUAUGGCUCACUUUUGGACCUACAAGGCCUUCCUUCCUGCCAUGAUAGCCAACAAUCAUGGCCAUCUUGUCAGCAUUGCCAGUACUGCUGGACUCAUUGGAGUCAAUGGAUUGGCAGACUACUGUGCCAGUAAAUUUGCAGCAGUAGGUUUUGCAGAAUCAGUGGGCCUGGAGCUGCUGGCAACAGGGAAAGAUGGCGUCAAGACGACUAUUGUGUGCCCAUACUUCAUCAACACUGGAAUGUUUGAUGGAUGUCAAACUAAGUGGCCACGACUGCUGCCAAUCCUGAAUCCAGACUAUGUAGCCAAGAAGAUCAUCCAUGCUGUGCUCACAGACCAGGUCUACCUGCUGCUGCCCAAGAGCAUGUACCUCAUCGCUGCACUCAAAAACAUCCUCUCCAUGAAGCAGGCCAUUCUGCUGGGCCAGUAUCUGGGAGCAUUCAAUCUUAUGGACACGUUCAGGGGGCGCUUCAGAAAACAGGAGUGAAUGAAGAGAUAGAAGAAUAAGAAAUGACGGAUGACAUUUAUUAAAGCCAUCCGCAUCAGUACCUAUUUCCUUUUUAAUCUUCCUAGUGUAUUGGUAUAAUAAUAAAGUGGGGCAGCAGCGACAGACUUUAAUGCCUCCCUCAUUUCAGUUCACACUUGAAUACAAAUACUGAGCUGACAUUUGUCUUAUAAUAUUAAUAUCCUUAUCGCAUUUGUUUUUAAGUUACAUUAUCAUUAGUGAAAAUUAAAUAUGAUCUCAUUAAUAAUUUGUGGUUGAAGAGAAAAUUUAUUUUAGAUUAGCAGGCAAUAGGACUCCUGAUGAAUUAUGAAAUACCCAAUGUGCUCUCUGUACAUUGUGAAAAUUGUGUCAGCUAUGUCAUCUGUCCUUAAACAACAAAUACCAGAUCAUCAACAAACCCAAAAUGCCAUAACUCCCAUUACUUCAAAACAGAUGCUCAUACUCAGAAACACCCUUCUACCCUUCUAAAAGAUACCUCAAUUUAAAUAGUUUUGUAGCCAGUGGUCCAGACGUUUCAGACCUUUUGUGUGUUUUUGAAUUGAAUUUCCAUCUUGUUGUGAGUUUGAAAGGUUGAUUGAUGUAGGCCAUCUUUAUUCACAAGCAGCAAAUAUGGCAGAUGUGGCUCCAGAAGGUAGAGCUGGUCAUCCAUAAUUCCAUUUUGAUAGUUCAGUUCCCAGCUACUCCCACUAAUGUGUCCUUGAGCAAGAUGGGCAAGCCAGCGCCUUGCAAACAAAUGUGUUAGUGUGUGGGUAAACAAGAACCAAAAUUAAAAAGUCCUUUUUCUGUUAAUAUAGAAGAAAGUCAUUGCAUUUAUUGACUGGUAAAACAGUAGCUGUAAUUAGCUAUCAACAUACUAGGUACAUAACAAAUUUGUGAUUGCCUGAAUUUGCACUGGAUAGCUCUACAUAUGUAUACACCUACAGUGCAUCCAGAAAGUAUUCACACCGCUUUGCUUUUUGCAUAUUUUGUUAUGUUACAGUCUCAUUCCAAAUUUGAUUAAAUUCAUUUUUUCCCUCAAAAUUCUACACAAAAUACCCCAUAAACAUGUUUGCUUGACUUUUUCGCAAAUUUAUUAAAAAUGAAAGAAACAAACAUAUAACAUGUACAUAAGUAUUUGUUUUUUUCUUUGUUGAAGCCCCUUUGGCAGCAAUUACAGCCUCAAGUAUUUUUGAGUAUGAUCCUACAAGCUUGGCACUCCUAUUUUUGGACAGUUUCUCCCACUCUUCAGUACAGAACCUCUCAAACUCCCUCAGGUUGUAUGGGGAGCGUCGGUACAUGGCCAUUUUCAGAUCUCUCCAGAGAUGCUCAAGUCUGGGCUCUCGCUGAGCCACUUGAGGACAUUCACAGAAUUGUCCUGAAGCCUGGUUACCUCCAGACAUGACGCUUACUUCUUGAAGGUUCUCCCCUCUCCAUAGAGCAACGAUGGAGCUCUGUCUGAGUGACCACUGGGUUCUUGGUCACCUCCAUGACUAAGGCCCUUCUACCUCAAGCGCUCAGUUUAGUUGGGUGGCCAGCUCUUGGAAGAGUCUUGGUGGUUCCAAACUUCUUCCACUUACGGACUAUGGAGGCUGCUGUGCUCUUUGGGACCUUUAAUGCAGCAGAAAUCUUUCUGUACCUUUCCCCAGAUCUGUGCCUCGACACAAUCCUGUCUUAGAGAUCUAUAGACAAUUCCUUUGACUUCAUGGCUUGGUUUGUGCUCUGACGUGUACUGUCAACUGUGAGGGCUUAUAUAGCUAGGUGUGUGCCUUUUCGGAUCAUGCCCAAUCAGCUGAAUUUACCACAGGUGGACUCAACUCAAGUUGUAGUAACCUCUUAAGGAUGAUUAAUGGAAACAGGAUGCACCUGAGCUCCAUUUUGAGUGUCAUGGCAAGGGUGUGAAUACUUGUUUUUAAUUUUUAAUACAUUUGCAAAAAAUUCAAGCAAACUUGUUUCACUUUUUCAUUUUGAAGUACUUUGUGUAGAAUCUUGAGGGAGAAAUUAAAUUUAAUCCAUUUUGGAAUGAGACAAAAUGUGAAAAAAGCGAAGCGGUGUGAAUCCCGAUGCACUGUAGGGUUUUCAUUGAUUAUACAUGAAAUCAUGUUGCCUCCAAAAUAAACUUUUAUGUACAAUCUGAAAACACCUUGGUACUUGUAUGUACUUGAGGUAAUCUAGUUGAUGCUAAUUUGAAAAGCUUAAAAAUUGUUUACUCAACAGUUUACUCACAGCUGUGCUUUAACAUUACUUAAAUGCCUGCUGUUUUACCAUUUGACCACAAAGCCACAGGGAGCUUGUACAUUACAAUGUAGGUGCCACUUGCCAUAUUCAGCAGGUUGACAGAAAAGUUAAGGUGAUCAUUUCACGUCAUGAAGCAUUCUCAAAACUCAGGUAUAAUGUAAGUAAUUUUUUAAGUUGUGGGUGUAUAUUUUGAAGUCUAAUUAUUUUCAUGUUUAUGGUUCUAUCAUGACAUCUAAUAAGCAUUUACUACCAUCUGUAUGCUUAUAAAUGUUCUUGAUAACUAAGUCUGUAAUGAUCAUGUUAUAUACCAGUCAACCAUAACAUUAUAACCAUCUGCCUAAUAUUCAGCAGGUCCCCCUUUUGCUGCCAAAACAGCCUGGACCUGUUGAGUCAUGCACUCCGCUAGACUUCAGAAUGCUACGGUAUCUGGGCCCAAGCUGUCAGUAGCAUAUCCUUUAAGUCCUAUAAGUUGAGAGGUGGGACCUCCUUGGAGCUGACUUUUUUUCCCAGCACAUCCCACAGUUGCUUGAUUGGACUGAGAUUCGGACGCCAAGUGAGCACCUCAAACUUGUUGGUGUGUUCAUGAGACCGUUCUUGCUGUGUGACAGGGUACAUUAUACUGCUGACAGAGGCCCCCACCAACAGGAUACAGUUUCCAUGAAGGGGUGUACUUGGUCAGGAACAAUGUUUAGGUAGGUGGUGCAUGUCAAAGUAAGAUCCACACGAUUGGCAAGACCCAAGGUUUCCCACCAGACACACGCCCCUGUUCAUCACAACAAUGGAAAAGAAAAUGUAAUUGUUUAGACCAGGCCACCUUCUUCCAAUGCUCUGAGGUCCACUUCUGAUGCUAACCUGCAUACCGUAGGCGCUUUUGAGGGUGGACACAGGUUGCAUGGGCAUCUGACUGGCCUAUGGCUUUGCAGCCCCAUAUGAACUGUGAUGCACUGUGUGUUUCUGUCAGAACAAACAUGAAUUUUUCGAGCAGUUUGAGAUACAGUAGCUUCUGUUGGAUCAGAUAACACAGAGAGAUCACAAGAGAUUCUCACACUGUCAGUGGUCAUAAUGUCAUGGCUGACUGGUGUAUGUCUGUAUAUCUAUCAAGGACCUAGCUUUUUGUUAUAACUGUGAUGUGAUAUAUAUAUAUAUAUAAUUAAAACUGAUAGCCAACAUGUAUAGGAAUGUAGAGAUUAUUUUAUUGCAUCUUAAGGUACAUUUCAGCACGUUCAUGUUUUCAGAGCUUUCUCAUAGUAUUUGAAUGUAAACAGCCUGGAAUUUUAAUUUAAUAUUGAAAAUUCUGAUAAAUACAUUUUACUAAUUCAAUUUUCUGUGUGUUGUGUAUUGCAAAUCUUGUUCAGCUUGUGACCUUUGUGUGUUACCUAUGCAACCCUGACUCCACAAACAUAAAACAUAAAUAAAAACAGUGCGGUAAUUUCCAAACAAA